GCGUGGCCUUGACCUAGCGGUCAGAUCCCGGCGCCGCGGGCUCGGCGGCAGCAGCUCCUCUUCUGCUGCUACCGGAGCAGGUCAGGACCCCGCGGGCGGAUGGACCGCCGCGGCGGGGUGGGAGCAGCGGACGGCGGCGGGGAGGGCGAGGACGACGAUGACGAGGAAGAGAAGUGGGGGGGCGGUGCCGCGGACUCGCAGGGGGCCAGACUGCCCCCCAUCGCGGGCGGCACCUCGGAGCUGCCCAAGCGGAAAGUGAAGAAGAAAAAGAAGAAAAAAAAGAACAAGGGGUCGAGCAAGGGGAACGCAGGUGAACAUCAGAGCCGAAGCCUGAAGAAUCAGUCGCUUUCUACAUCCUUUCACGGCAUCUUAAGUCCCAGCAAAGAUCAUGGCCUGAAGCAAGAGCACAGACAAGACAAAGAGGAAAACAAGCACAUCCCUCCUUACCCCUGCACUGCGGGCCGCCCCCAUUUUGCCGAAAUAGAAGAGAAACUUGCCAACCAGAUCAAAGAAAGUCUGCGUUGGGACGGAAUUCUCGCCGAUCCAGAGGCAGAAAAAGAAAGGAUUCGUAUCUAUAAACUGAACCGGAGGAAGCGGUACCGAACUUGGGCCCUCAAGGGCUUCCACUCUGACCCCUGCGCGGAGGAGACCCCUGAGACCUUCCCCCUCCUCUCAGACAAAGACUGCAGCCCCCGCGGCAGGCAGGCGGCCGGAAGAGCCGACCACCCGAGUCACUACUUUGAAGGCAACCUUGCCCCGAGGAGCCUACACUCCGAUUUAGCUACCACUGUGCCCGAGUGAAAAACCGCCCUCGACCCUGACGAGCGUGUAAUUAUCCUGACCGCAAGUUUAUGUGUUAAAAAAUAAUAAUAAUAAAAGGAAAUCAGACCUAGAUCUGAGGGAAGCAGA